UCCAUGGUCAGCUCGGAGCUGUGCUUGGAGAGGAGGAAGAGUGGGAGAGGAGGAAGGGGCGCCCUGCACAGAGCAGCUCCCAGCUCCACUUGAAGCUUGUCCUGCAGCCGCCCGAGGGGUGCUGAGCCGUCCCGGCGGAGCAGCGGGAGAGGAAACACCGAGGACAAAGGCACGUGAACCCGAUUUUGGGGCAAAUGAGCACACACCUGGCCGGGACUCGGCUCCGUGGAGCCGGGCGCUGAGCGAGCGAGUCCCACAAAGGCAGGUAGGGGCUGCGAGCCCAGCACCCGCCCCAGCCGCAGCCCCGGCGCUGAGCCACAGGCAAAGCAGCACCUUGGAGGACCGUGUGAUGUCAUUCAGGUCGCUGUGCACAUGUAAACAAGGCUGGUGCAGAGCAGCCUUGAGGACACUCCACUUCCUCCUGACAGCACGGUUGCACGUAGCUGGGUUUCUGCCUGAAAAGGAAUAACCCACCCACCCUAUACUACAAGAGUCUUUUCCAGCGGCCCAGUCAUGACGCAGAGCAACCAGACCUGCUCCAGCCUCAACAUAACAUUCAAAAACAGCCUGUACGCAGCCACCUACACCAUCAUAUUCAUCCCCGGCCUCCUGGCAAACGGUGCUGCCCUGUGGGUCUUGUGCCGCUUCAUCAGCAAGAAGAACAAAGCCGUCAUUUUCAUGAUCAACCUGGCCGUGGCCGACCUGGCUCACGUCCUCUCACUGCCACUGAGAAUAUACUAUUAUAUUAACUCCACGUGGCCUUUUGGGAAUUUGCUUUGCUUACUGUGUUUCUACCUAAAGUACCUCAACAUGUACGCCAGCAUUUUUUUCCUAUCCUGCAUCAGCAUUCAGAGGUAUUUCUUCCUGUAUCAGCCAUUCAAAGCCAAGAACUGGAAGCGGCGGUAUGAUGUAGCCACCAGUACUGUGGUGUGGCUCGUCGUUGGGGUGUCGUGCUUGCCGUUCCCCAUUAUGCGCAGCUACGGCCUAGAAAAUAACACAUACGCCUGCUUUGCAGACCUUAAAGUCCAGCAGAUCAAAAGCAAGACGGUCGUCAUGCUGAUGAUCGGCACGGCAGAGCUCUUUGGGUUCAUUGGCCCUCUCAUCAUCAUACUAUUCUGUACUUGGAAAACAAAAGACUCUCUUCGGGGCUUCCAGAUACCGCUGCAAAACAGCAGCGAGAGGCAGAAGGCCUUAAGGAUGGUUUCCAUGUGCGCCAUUGUGUUCUGCGUGUGUUUUGUGCCAUACCACAUCAACUUCUUUUUCUACAUGUUGGUGAAAGAAAACGUCAUUACAGACUGCUUCCUGAGUACCAUCACACUCUACACCCAACCCUUUUGCUUAAGCCUUGCGAGUCUGGACUGCUGUUUGGAUCCAAUCAUCUAUUUCUUUAUGACUUCAGAGUUUCAGGACCAGAUAUCAAGGCACAGCAGCAUGGUUAUCAGGAGUCGGCUCAUGAGCAAAGAGAGCGCCUCAUCCUUUAAGGAAUGACAAGGAAGCCAGCUUCAAAGAAUAAAGAUAUUCCAUAUGAAAUCUGGGACUGUUCUGUGAUACUCGAUUACCAACCCCGUUGUGGAAGACCCUGCCAGUUUAUUUGGGGAACUUUGUGUCAGUGAAAAUCUUUCGAUAUGUAGAAGCUAACACUGUUUAAAACUGAUGUGUUGGGAGCUGAUGAAUGACCCAACCGGUGUGACUACACCUACCGCUGUGCCACCCACACCUGACCUAGCUGGACUAGAAAAUAUACAGGAGGAAGCGACAAAGCUUUUGCUAGGAAACAGCGGAAACAUCUCAGGAGCUUUUCUGCUAUUUUCCCAACUCCAUGGCUCUAUGAUCAAGCCAAAGACAAUCCAACAUCCACACACUGACAUACACUGAAGUGUCUUCUCUGCUAAAAAACACAUGACACAUACAAGAAUCUGAAAAUGGCCAGUAAUAAUAAACGGCAGUUUUGGUCUCCACGCUCAGGGCUGCAGACGCACGAAGGCUGGCAGCCUGCUUCAGCGCAGCAGCCCCAGGUUUAAGUACACCCCACUGGUCACCACACUUACCUCCGCGUCACCUUUCCCGCACUCCCCGUCCUGCUCUCGAGCCUUAUUUCCUCCUCACCCAGCUCCAAGUCUGCUCCAUAGUUGCUGAUGCAUCCCAUAACUUGCACCCACAGCUGGUGCAAGACCCUCUGCAAGACAAAUUCUCCCAACAGCCCCUCAAACACUUCAGAAAGUGGGACCUUCCCUUGCCCUGAGCUGCCUCCGAGGGCAAGGGGGGCAUCAGCACACGGCCUUCGCCUUUGGGCCCCGAGGGGCAGGAUGACGGGCAGGGUGCCGCAGGAGGGGCGCGGCCAGACUCAGCAUCGGUGCAGGUGGAUUUGAUGAUGCUGGCGGUACCAUGCAGGUCCUCCCUCUCUUCUGUGUGUGGCCUCUUUGCCCCAGCGCUGCCUGCGAUAGAUCUGUGCUGUGAGAUCUCUGCUCAACGGGUUCAAUUGGCACAACUUUUUAAAGAGAUGUGUCCUUGGCCAGGUGAUUUCAGUAACCGAGCAUAGGCUAAUUUCCUGAGUAAAUAAUUAAUUGUGCUUUUUUAAUACCCGUCCUCUCAUGAUCUUAAUGUUUACAUUUUUAUAACUUCAUUGGCUAUGAAGAUACGAAAAGCAGUGACAAGAAAGCAUGCCAUUUAUCCCUUAUUUUAAAUGAGUGACAGCUCUUUGGCCAAGCUUGCCCCCUUCAUGUAACUUCAGGGGCAUCUUCCUGACACCUGGGGAUUGUUUUGGCUGAAGACAGGCACUGAUUUAUUGCCUUUGAAAAGCUGUGAUUUUUCAAAAGGAACACAUACAACUCUCAGUAAGCAUCAGCGCCACGCCUUACAUGUUGCUACAAAAAUAGAAGACAUACCAGAAACGCUUGCUAAGCAUAUUUUAAAUCUAACUUCUCCAUUCCACUUAAUUACAGUUUAAUUCAGCCAAACAUUUUCUGCAUAUUAUGCUUCCCCCUCUUGACUGUUGCAGAAUAAAAUGGGA